AUGGGGGUUACUGCUGUCUUCAGAGAAGUGGUCGCAAAUUGCGGAGGCAGAUUCCUUCAGGCAAUCUCCGCCUUCGCCGCGUUAAGCUUCGAGGUUGGCAUUCCAAACCAAGAGACCAUCUCCCAGCCAUCAUCCGGACCCCUCAACUCUAAAGAUGUGAACGCAAAGAUCAAACCCACAGAGAUAACACCAAGAAUGCAUUCGGGAAACAAAAUUUACCCUUUGACCUUUAAAGAAGAAGCUGCAGUGGGAAACAAAGAUAAAAGUUACAUCAAUGUACCAGAAACUUUACUUUUAGAUCCUACGCCUGAUACUAAAUCUGAGAGGGACCUGUGGACAGAAUCCCCCCUUGCAUCUUUGGCUGUUAAAAAGGGCACAUCACUCUCCGAAAAUCUUGAGUCAGCUAUUUCUAGUCUGCACUUUCAGCCCACAGCUCAAAGUCUUCCAUCAGGAUCUCAAUCGGCAAUUUUAGAGAGCACUGAGAUAUCACCCUCAGUGGAAAGUCACAUUUUUAGAGCAAAAGGAGACAAUGUGUACACUGAAAGAAGAACAGAGGAACACGUUGAUGUACCAGUUCCAAACAUUGGUGUUUCCACUCCAAUUCUCAGCAAAGAAGCAAGGAGUAAUCUUGAAGCACUGACUGAGAAAGAUCACAUUAAGAAAGAAGGAGACAUAUUGGAAACAGAACCAAAUCCAACAGUCAAAGGCAAAGAUGGUAUUGACGAUGAGGAGGUAGAAAAAAGACAGAUUACAAGCACCGGUUCCAAUUACAACACAGAUCUGCCCAAGAAAUAUGAUUUGCCAUCAGUAGAAAGAACUCCAGAGGAAGCCAUCCAAUCGUCAAUAAAUACUCCUGAAAAAGUCAACCAGCAUCUUGAUCACACACCUUCUGGACGAGUACUAAGGCCAGGGCGCCAGGGUCAAAUGGGCUUACAAGGUCCACCAGGUCUAACAGGGCUUCCAGGACCAAAAGGGGACAAAGGCUACCCGGGUGUGAUGGGAAGAACUGGACAGACUGGAUACAUCGGCCCCUUUGGUCCACCUGGGAUGCCUGCUAUUAUUGUAUUUAAAACAUCUGAUGAAGAGUGGGAGGCGUUCAAGAAGAAGAAAUUCUACAUCAAGUUAAUUUCUUCCUGGCCGAAGGUAAAGGGGCCUCCAGGAUCUCGUGGACCUCCUGGAAACGCAGGACCAUCUGGGGUGCCCGGGAUUAUUGGAAAGCAGGGUCGCAAAGGAGAUCAAGGAAAAAUGGGUGUCCGUGGACCACCAGGCAUGCCCGGGCCCCAGGGCCGACCUGGGAAUGAUGGGACACCGGGGGACUAUGGAGAACCAGGACCACCAGGUUUACCUGGAGAACAGGGACCCCAAGGCUACAUUGGAGAGAAGGGCAGCAAAGGGGAGCCGGGUGAGUGGGGUUAUGAAGGGGAGCCUGGACAACAAGGCGAUAGGGGUCCAAAAGGACACAAGGGGAAGAAAGGUAUCCGAGGCUUUGUUGGACAUCCAGGGUACAUGGGAGUACUUGGAGUAAGGGGUCUUCCAGGUUUCCCCGGACCAUCAGGACCACGGGGAACAAGUGGAGCACAAAGCUUUGGUGGACCACCAGGCCCACAUGGCAAAAUAGGUCCAAAAGGAGCAAAAGGUGUCCCAGGAGUGAAAGGACCUCCUGGUCAACAAGGUGAAAUUGGACUGAGAGGAUCAAAUGGACCACAGGGAGAACCCGGUCCCAAUGGAACAGUUGGCUUUCCGGGGAUACGAGGUCCUCAGGGUAACCCCGGAUCUUUCGGACCCCCAGGUCCCAAAGGAGAACCUGGUGGUGCAGGGGAUGAAGGAGACAUAGGUGAACCUGGACCCAUUGGUCUUUAUGGAGCCAAUGGGAAUCCAGGAAUGCAUGGACCCUCAGGUGAUCCCGGAGCUAAAGCAAAAAAGGGUGAAAAAGGUGAUGCAGGUUUUAAGGGAGACCUGGGACCCCAGGGGCCUCCUGGUAAGUCAGGCUUGAAGGGACGUCGUGGCCCAUCAGGAUUCGAUGGACUUGAAGGGCCACCAGGACCAGCAGGACUUGCAGGACCUAGUGGAAUCGAUGGAAGCAUGGGGGAGCAGGGAAAACGAGGCAAAGAUGGACUGAAGGGAGACCGAGGGCAAACAGGGAUUCGAGGAUUACCUGGACCUCGAGGAGACAAGGGUCGCGAAGGUCGAUUGGGAUUUUCAGGGAUGCCCGGACUUUUUGGAGAAAUGGGAAAAUCUGGUGGAUCAGGACCAGUAGGAGAUCCCGGUAUUAAGGGCAGCCCAGCAGUUCCAGGAAAAAUUGGACCAAAAGGCUUUAAGGGUAUCCAAGGGCAUUCAGGAGAAAGAGGACAAAAUGGAAUCCGUGGAGCCGCGGGUCGAACUGGAACAAUUGGAAUGACUGGGGAAACUGGACUUCCAGGUCCAAAAGGUUUUUCAGGAAAGACGGGUAUAAGUGGCUUCCAGGGACCUGUAGGCAAAAGUGGAGAUGCUGGAAGUACAGGAAUGAAAGGAACACCUGGAAAGCUGGGGGAAAGAGGGACAAAAGGGAAGCAAGGUGCUGGUGGACGAUCAGGGAUGGAAGGAGACAUGGGCAAGAAAGGAGAUGAAGGGUCAAGUGGAAAACCAGGUCCCCCAGGCAACAUGGGCAUGCCUGGACCACGUGGACACAUGGGACCUCCUGGCAUACCUGGCAACAUUGGAAAGUGGGGUGAGAUUGGACUCCCAGGUCCUCCAGGUAAAAAGGGGCCACAAGGGCCAGAUGGUGCCAGUGGAGUCAGAGGUUAUCCUGGAAACAAUGGACUUCAAGGACCAACUGGCCCACCUGGUGUAAAAGGGGGCAAGGGAUCCAAAGGGCCUCCAGGAGAUGGGGGAUCUGCAGGGCUCGAUGGUGAGGAGGGUCCAGUCGGACUCAGGGGGGCUGAGGGACCACCCGGACUAAAAGGCAUACCAGGUGAUAAAGGCGGCAAAGGACCUCCAGGUCAGAGAGGAUCGAAGGGAACUGAAGGUGACCGUGGUGUCAGAGGUCCCCAGGGAGUGAAGGGUGCUCCAGGGAAACAGGGUGAUACUGGUGUACAAGGGGGCAGAGGUGGGCAGGGAUCGUCUGGACUCAAAGGUCAACCAGGCCAGAGGGGUCUCCAAGGAAUACUUGGACAGUUUGGACAAGCAGGAGAAACUGGAAAACAUGGAGCAAAAGGACACAAAGGUCUUAUAGGACAAAAAGGGCCCCUUGGCCGCAUGGGUACCCCUGGACUUAUUGGGCCAUUCACACCAGGUUUACCAGGCAAAGCAGGUCCUGACGGAAAGUCUGGGAAUACUGGCCUAAAGGGCAAUGAAGGAAAGAAAGGUCAUUUCGGUCCUCCAGGCAUCAAAGGAGACAUGGGAAUAAUGGGUGAAAAAGGGGCAAAAGGAUAUUCUGGAAUACAGGGAACAACGGGAAAAAUGGGACGUCUGGGCUUCAUUGGGCCACCUGGUUCCAAAGGUCAACCUGGACCUGGUGGUCCUCCUGGUACGCAUGGAAAUAAAGGGAUUCAAGGAACAACAGGAUGGUCAGGUCAGCCUGGAAACAAAGGAAACAAAGGAGCCCCUGGUGAAACUGGACUUGAAGGCCUACGAGGGAAGCCUGGACCUGCAGGGAAACCUGGAAUACCAGGUCUGAAUGGUUUGGACGGUUUACAUGGAGUUCAGGGUAAUGAAGGAUAUCCAGGUCAAAUUGGGUACACAGGAAGUCCUGGAGCACCGGGGAGGCCCGGCAAAAAGGGUACCCCUGGACCACCUGGGAUCAUAGGGAACAUUGGAGCACAAGGCUUGAGGGGUGAAACUGGACCACCAGGAGAGACAAAUGGACCUCCUGGACCAAUAGGGCCACUGGUAUAAUACUCUUUAAUUGGUAUUGUAAAGACAAUUUUAACUUUGCAUAUAAUGGCUCUGCUCUUGAAUCAGGGUAUCCCGGACUGAUAGGACAGA